CGACUUGAAAUUCAAGAACUCGCCGCUUUUGUGUUGCUUUGCUUCCAAGUCAGCCUUCCUUUGACGCCGCGAUGGCUGCUUUGCUGAGGGGACGACUAACAAGUGUUUUGUGGAUUUCGUGGCUAGUCAGGUACCUGUACAGUCCACUGGCUGUGGACGAACGACAUGACCGGUAUAAAUGUGCAGAACUUCGUUGGGCUCACUAGCAUUGCUAAGCCCACAAUUCAAUGCCUAAAUCUAUCGCUCCCCCGCACGUGAGCUUGCACCUUCCUCCUGACUUCUCAUCCUUUGAAGACGUUUACCUCGAGUCGGAUGCCGCCAAUAAUGCCACUGACUCAAAAGACGAUCACACACGCACUGCUCUCAGCGAUGUACUCCCUCCUGAUCCAGCUACCGACAAGAUUCGUCGUCUCAACCGUUUGCGUUUGAAGGUAAAGCGCCCGCCAUUUGCCAAGAAUCGGUCGAGUGUUCAGUACAGUCCAAAGCGACGCUCUGCUCAGCGUUCACAAUCAGAUGUCAUCGAGGUAGAACUACGAGCUCGUCCUGCUGACUCGCGAGAGUCUACACCUAGUAGCUCGAGUGCUUCAUGCAAUUAUGAACCGGGUCAGUCGGUGAUCGUAAAGGAUGUUCCUUCCGAUGCCAAGGCAGCCACUGGAUGGAGGAAACUGCCUCCUAGGUUGCCGAUUCCGAAGUGGGACGUCGAUGAUUGAGUCCCCUCCUGCAGAAUACUUAUCAGUUGUAUUAUAAAUAUAUUGUAUCACUUUAUCGGUAUGUACCCGGCUCCAGAAUGCAUCGAAAGGUUCAGGCAUGAGUGCCAUUCUGGGGUCUUAUGUACUUGUCCAAUCAAACACAAAGGCCAGCUGGGUCACGAAUCAAACCUAAUGCCAGAUCCUUCCAUGUCGUUGGAAAGCUGUAUAGCUAUCUCAAAUUUGAAGCAGUGCGGUUUCGGGAGAGUCCAGCAGCGAGGUUCGUCGGAGACUGACAGGACUU